CUCAGGUGCGCCGUCUGUAGCCCCGCCCUCCCCAGAGGCAGGACGUUGGUCGGCCCACCUGAGCGAUCAGAGAGACAAUAAAGCAGGAUUAAUCAUCUCGUCCAGGUAUAUAUUCUCAAGUCAAAUGAAAGGAUCUCGACUCUGAGCGAAUUUGGAGUUGUUUAAGAUGGAGGAGGUGUUUUUGAAAUCAGCGUUACCUGCGCAGGAGGCUUUUGUGCUGGAUGACACGAGUCUAGCUCUGCCGACCACACGAUCCUCAACCAAACUCGGUUCAAACGAGCGGAGUCGGCGUGUUCACCAGCAAGUUCAGCUCACACUGGCACGGAGGUCGAAAAAGGCUGUGUUAAAUGGCAGUGUCCAUUCAGUGAGAAAAAAUGCAAAGAGCUUUGAUGCUACAGACGGACUUCUAUCAAACAUAAAGGUAAAUGAGUUGCGUUACACCAACCGCUCCCUUUCAAGCAACCAUGUGCGGGGCCCAUCCAGGAGGGUGGAAGUGUCUCCAUCACAGAGCCCAGAGAGCCCUCGCUGUCGCUUUAAUUAUAAUACCCUGCAUUAUGGGACAUACAUUGUCCCUGAGCCCAGUCAGUCACACAGGGUGGGCACUGUGCUGGACCAAUCAUCUGGUUCUGAUGUAUUUAGGCGCUACGCCUUCUCAGAGAUGCCUCGAGGCACACAGCUGCACACAUCUGCCUCUAUGCAUGGGGUCAUCCGUCCAAGGAUGCUGAGACAGAUGUCAGGGCCACAACCUGUGUUUGCAAGUGCAGCACUCCAGCAAAAUUGUGAAUAUUUUUCUCCCCGGAGUCAUAACCAAACUGUUGCCAGACAGGAGAAACACACUGUGCAGGGACACAGUGAUAUGAUGCUUGGUGCUGUCCAGCCAGAUGAAGGGCUGCCCCGGUUGGCUCAGGUCAAGGGGAAUGGGCAGCGGCUCCGCAGACUGCAUUCAUACCCACCGUCGGUCACCAGCGUGGAAGUGGACACAGGGAGGCAGAUGCAAGUAGAACACUCCAUUCACCAGAUGCAGGUGCAAAAUGGCAUGGCACUGAAGUCAGAGAGCAAGCCUUCAGAGAUGACGUUGGAGAAGGCUGUGAACCUGUUGACCCAGGAUGAUGAGGAAACACUGGUUUGUGCAGCCAGCGUCAUACAAAAUCAGUGUUUCAAGAGCAGCAAGGCCAGAAAGACGGUGUCCUAUCUCCAUGGGAUUGGGAGGCUCCUCCAGCUACUCCACAAUGACAGUGAGGAGGUGCAGUGUGUCGCUGCUGGGGCUCUGCGUAAUGUUGUUUACCAGAGCAGUGAAAAUAAGAUGGAGGUGGAGGAGGGUGAUGGCCUGGCCAUCAUUUUAGGUGCACUGAAAAGCAGUCGUGAUGUGGAGACCAGACAGCAGCUUACUGGUCUUUUGUGGAACCUCUCCUCUCAUGACCUUUUAAAGGAGCGCCUCUCCAGGGAAGCCUUGUCUAUCCUCACCCAGUCAGUUCUGGUGCCCAGUUCAGGCAUUUCUGAAGGCGAGAACCCAAAAGACGAGUUCCUAGCUGAUGCUGAUGUUUUCUACCAUGCUACAGGCUGCCUGCGAAAUCUCAGCUCUGCUAGUCCAUAUAGCAGGAAAGCAAUGAGAGAGUGUGAGAAUCUUAUAGACUCUCUGGUCUACUACAUCCGAGGAACCAUUGCUGACUAUAAGACAGAUGACAAGUCCACAGAGAACUGCACGUGCAUCCUACACAACCUGUCUUAUCAGAUUGAGGCAGAGCUUCCAAAGAAGUUCACUCAAGAUCUCAGAGAGUCUCGACAAAACCUGGCUCCUAAGCCAAAGCCUGUCGGCUGCUUUGUUUAUCGCAGCGCAAGGAUCACAGAGCAUCUGGAGCAUCAGAGCCCCCUGCUGGAGGAGAAGGCUAAUCCCUGUGGCAUAGAGUGGCUGUGGAGUCCUAUCACUAUCCGGAUGUACCUGUCACUGAUUGCCCGCAGUGUGCGUCCCUUCUCUCAGGAGGCUGCUGUUGGAGCUCUGCAGAACAUCACAGCUGGAAAUGGAGCGAUGUCUGAAGUCAUCGCCUUCACCAUUGUUCAACGGGAAAAUGGUCUUCAACAUGUCAGGAAGUUGUUACAGGAGGGAGCGAGUGAUGUAAAGAGGACGGUCUUGUUUCUAAUAAAAAACCUCUCUCGCUACCAGGAACUGCAUCCUGAAAUUGUCAAGCAAGUGUUGCCGGAGGUGGUGGGAAUGUUGCCAAACGACGACACCAGCACUGACCUACCCGCUGAGGUGACUGCUUCUCUGUGUCAUAUUCUGAUUAAUCUGAGCCAGACUGACUCACAAAACAUCAGAGCCAUCGUCAAUCGGGGAGCCCUCCCGAAGAUCCUCAACAUUAGCAGAAAAGACAAUGGUUGUGGACCAACCAGAGCAGGUCAGGCAGCAUGCGUCCUGCUGCACACCAUGUGGAAACACACUGACCUCCAUGGGUCCUACAAGAAGUGUGGGUACAAGAAAGCUGAUUUCAUCAAUGCAAGGACAACUAAGGCUGUGAACUCUGGACGAAACUGAGCCGAAGGUCCUUAAAUCUCAAACUGCACUUAUUAAUAGUAUCUCAACAGUAUCUGCACGUGUGGUCCCAAAUCAGUCAGUGCACUGCUUUCCUGUAAACAGAUGUCACAGUUUAGUAAGAGAUGGAGUUUUUUUUUUCCCCUCAAUGUUGCAGACAAAACAUUGUAAACCCUGUCUACAUCUACCUUACAAGUCUCAUGAAAUCACUUUAAAAUUGUUUUUCUUCUGUGUUCAAAUGUAUUGCUCUCACUAGAUGUUUGUUAAAAUGGCUCGGGGGCAAACAUGGCUACUGGCAAAAAGAGAGGUGUUGUAGUAAAACAGAUGGAUAAUAAAACAAACAGGACAACAGAGGAACAUCUCUAGCAAAAGUAAUUCAAGUAAGAAAUUCAAAGUAUUCCUUUUAUAUUUAUGUGAAUCUAUAGUGGCAGCUUGGCAAUUAAUAUUGCUGUGUUAUUAAGCACGUCAGACAGUUAUUAUACAAAGAAUCACAAUGAAAAAAAUAUUUACACUAAAGAAAUUGUGAAGGAUGAUUUAAGGCUUUUUUGACAAACCAUUAAACUCCAAUUCAUUUCCUACUGUGAGACACAACAAGCUGAUUCUCUUUUUUUUUAAAGUCGUUUCCUCAAAGGAACAAACCGUUUUGAACCUUUAUUGUUCAUUAUUUUUGUAAAGGUUUAAGAAAACAUACAACACAACACGAGAACAGCUCACACCACUGGUGAAUUGAUCAACAAAUAUUUCAUAUGUUUGCACAGUAAAGUGUCUUCUUUAAUCACUUUUUCCCUAAUAAUGACUAUUACAAAAUAUACAUUACUGAAAAUGGUUUAUGGAUAAUGAACUAAAUCUUCCAUUACACUAAGUAUAGUGUAUGAAAUGGCACUUCUGUGGAUUAAUCCCUCUGUUACCUGAGAAAAGGCUGACCCAUUGAUCAAAAACUAGCUCAGGAUCACCAAAGAGGAAUAAAUCUCAGUAAGUUCAAUCACCUUUUACAUUUAAAAACCUGACUUCUACAGCUCUUGGUGAACAUAAAAACAUAAUUAAAUGAUUCAAUCAUUUGCAAAUAAAGUGUGGAAGAUGAGGUCUCCCUGUAGAUUAGUCUAAAACCUCUGUUUGGCUUCAGUCGUCGCGCUUCUCAGUGACUGAGGCCCUGAAACCCUGUUGACCUUGCGGUGUUUGGAAGAAUGGACUGCACUGAUGUGCAGCUGAAGGGGGGGUGGUGCCGGGACACUGGGUGCAACAUCACCCCUCCUGGACAAAGCUUUUAAGGCCGAGGAAGGGGGGAGAAAUGGAAAUUGAUAUUCUUCAACAAUAAUGUUCAAAUGAUACUGUUGAGAGGGAUUGGAAAUAGGGAAAAAAAGGAUAAUGAAGUACAGGUGUUCAGGUUCACGAGUCACUGCAGAGAUGAAGAAGCCGUGCACCAAUACUCACAAAUGAGAAACUCGGCCUCAGAGCCUUGGUGGAUUUGUUCACAUCUUUUAUUUAAACAGCCAAAUUCCCCCAGAGAUCCAUUUUGUCUAAUGAAGCCAAUGCCAGUAGGGAAAUCUACAAAUGCCUCACUUGACUUCAGGCAGUGGCUGAAUUUUCUAGCAUCCCAUAAAGCAAUUGCAGCUUUGUAUCUGUGAUCCUCCCUGUAUGUGCAUAUCUAGCCUUCACAGAGCAUGGACUGUGUGUGCUGGGACAAAACUCUUCUCUUUCUUCAAGUGCACAGAACGUAAAAUAGCUUCUGAGCACUGAUACAAUGUUCCUCCUCCUGUUUUCUGAAGUGUGUUGAACAUUUUAUGUAUCUAAAAGCAGGGACAACCAGAUUUGAAGUGCAUUUCAAAUGAUUCAUGACUUCUGUGUACAUGUAUAACAGGACAGAGGAUGCUAAAAAAAAAUCAAAAAGGAAUAAUAUGAAUACCCUUUUUUCAGAUGUGCUGUAGACCCC